UUUAAAAUUAAAUAAUUAAUGAUCUCUCCAGUAGAUGGUCAAACUGCUUUUUUAUGGGGAGAAGAUAAUUUAAGUUAUAUUUUAUAUAAUUGUGGAAUGAAAUACGAAAAGAUUUAGCAUUAAGUAAAUCUUAAUAAUUUUAAAUUGCAUAGAUCUAAUAAAAAAUAUAUUCUUGCUCAUUAAGCUCAUUAAAAAUAAGGCAAAUUUGAUUUUUAAUAAUAAAUUUAUGAUCUUUAUUUUUCAUAAAAUAGUGGAUAAAAUUUUACUUUAAUAAGAAAAAAUGUUAUUUAAGCUUAAUGGAAUAGAUUACUAUAUUAAUUUGGAAAUUCAAAUUUUGGUAUAUUUUCAACAGUUUAUGAUGAAAAUACAAAUAGUCCUAAUAUUGUCUACAGUGAAGAUUUUUUCUAAAGUGAAUAAAUUAUAUAAAAAGGAGCUGAUAACUAUCAUUAAGCAGAUUUUUAUUUAUUUUUAACAGUUAUUCCAUCACAAGAAAAUAAAAAUUAUGAACUUAGAAUAGCUAAUUCAUUUUCUGAUUUAAAUGGAAAUAAUAAUGUAAAACCACAUCCCAUAAUAAUACCAUUUGAUAAUAAGGAUAAUUUAUCAUUUACAAUUGUAAAAAGUACAGAGACAUAAAUUUUUAUAUCUAUACAUUAAGAAAUGGAAGAUUUCCGUUCGACAAAUGUCUAUGUUUCAGAUUGGAGAGGUUAUUAACUUUCCUUAUCAUUAUUAUAUAAUGUAAGAAAUGAAGAAGGAGAUUGCGAUUUUGAAAAAAUAAAUAGUAAUUAAGGAGUUUAUAUAGCAAAUGUAUAUGAUCAUUCUAAAGUAGAAUAAAAUAAAAACUUAAAUAAAAAAAAAUUAGACACUCAUAAAAUCAAAGAAUCUCAUAUAUAAAAAAAUUCUAAUAUUUAACUUUAAAAUUUCCGAAAAACUUUGAUUUCUUAUGAUUAAGGCGCAAAUUGGCAUCCUUUAAAAGCUCCUUAAAAAAAUUUAAACGGAGAAACAAUUACUUGUAGUGGAGAUUGUGGAUUAUAAUUAGUAGGUAGAACUGAUUUUUAAUACGGUUUUAUAUAUUCUACAGAAAAUGCUCCUGGAAUAAUAAUAUCUAUGGGAAAUAUAGGAUAAUAUUUAAAUACUAAUAUGAAAGAUUUAAAUGUAUAUUUAUCAUAUGACGGAGGACAUGAAUGGAACGAAGUUUUAUAAGGUCCUCAUAUUUUUGAAAUUGGAGAUCAUGGAGGCAUUAUUUUAGCUUCUAAAAUUGGAGAUUAGACUAAUUUAAUUAAGUAUUCUUGGGAUGAAGGGAAGACUUGGGAUUCUAUAAAGAUUGAUAAUUUUUUUUAUGUAGAAUAGAUUUUAACUGAACCUUCUAAUAUGGAAUAAAAAUUUAUUAUUUAAGGCUAUAAAAUGACUAUAGAAGGUAAAAGAGAGCAGUUUUUAGUCAGUUUAGAUUUUGAAAAACUACAUUAAAGAGGUUGUAAAGGUGCCGAACAUCCCGGAAGACCCGAUAGUGAUUAUGAAAUGUGGAUACCGAAGAAUUUUAAAGGAGAUUAGUGCAUAUUUGGAUAAAAAGUAAAGUAUAUUAGAAGAAAACCAACGGCUAACUGCUAUAAUUCAAUCACUAGUACACAAAAAGUAGUAUUAGAAGUAUGCCCUUGUACAGAAGAAGACUAUGAGUGUGAUUAUGGAUUCUAUAGGGAGAAUAAUUAGGGAGAUUGUAUGCCUUUAAAUGAGAAAUUUUCAAGAUAGAAUUUAUUAAAACCCCCUGAGGAUUGUUAAUUUUCAUAUUAUGUUUCGAAAGGAUAUUAGAGAGUAGUAGAUACAUAGUGUUAUGGAGGAAUUGAUUUAAAUGGAGAGUAUUUAGAAUGCCCAGUGUAAAUUUAAGAGGCAAGAUUGGAAAAUAAAUAAGAUGAAAUUUAUAAUAAUAUUAAGAAGAAAUUAUAGGAGGAAAUAAAUAAAAAAUAUUAUGAAAAAUAAACGGAAAAUUAUAAAAAAGAAUCGGUUUUUAGUUUAAAAAAUUUGGUGUUUAUUUUGUAGAUUUUAGGAUUUUUUUUGGUUAUCUUUUUUUUUAAAAAUUAACUUUUUAAAAUAUUUGGUAUUAAAUUAUUCUAGACUUAAAAUAAUAAUAAUGGAUAUAUGUAAAUGCCUUAAAAAGGGAAAAAUUCGAAUAAAAAUAAUACUUAUUAGAGCAAUUAUUAAGAUUUUGAUGAUAUCGUGGAUAGAAAAUAUGAUGAAGAAAAACCAGUUUUAUAAAAAGAUUAAGAAUUUGAUGAUUAUGACUGA